AAUACCGUCAAUCUGAUUAAAAUAAGAUCUUUGAUCCGCUCCGUUAUUGUUAUGUCGCUACACAAAGAUCUGAAGACAUCCCGUGUGGGGUCACGUCGGUGUCAACUUUGGUAACCUGGGGUCGACCAAUGAAAUGCUUCUGCUUCAACCAAUCGCGGGCUAUUCUUACAAAAUGCAUUCGGUAUGAAAGGAAAAAUGGCCGACAUUAAAGUAAUCGAUGCAGCUUUAGAGAAAAUUUUACCACGUUUCGGUGUUAGUGCUUUAAAGAAAGAACAACGGAGCAUAUUGGAUGCCAUGAUUGAAGGCAAAGACUGUAUGGCCAUUUUGCCAACUGGUUUUGGCAAAUCGCUGCCUUUUCAAGUCUACAUUCCACUUAUGCGCGAGAUGAACCCCGGAUUUAGUGCUGUGAUAUUAGUCUGCUGUCCUUUAGUUGCACUAAUGCAGGACCAGGUGAAGAAAAUAUCAGCUGUGCCGGGUAUAUCGGCAGCGUACAAAGGUUUAAGUGAAGAAAGUGACAGGCAGAUACUCAGUGGGGAAAUAGAUGUCAUCUAUGCAUCUCCAGAAUCUUUGAUAAGUAAUGCAGUUUGGAGAGAAGAUAUGAAGAAAUUGAAUGUACAAAACAUAGUCAUUGAUGAAUUUCAUACGAUUGCAACAUGGGGUGAAGACCGAAUGGGUUUAAAGAAACAAGCAUUUAGGAAGUGGUUUUCGCAUGUGGGAGAAUUAAGAUCUUUAUUUCCAAAAGCCAGUGUUAUCGCACUAAGUGCAACAUCUACAGUAAAAAUUCAGAAAAGAGUUUCAAAACAGUUGUCUUUUGGACCAAACACAGUAGAAAUUGUUAUGUCUCCAAAUAAAGCUAACAUAAAAUACUCAAUAUCCAAAGUAUCCAGUGAUCUUGAAAUGGCAAUGUCCUGGCUUGUGGAUGGAAUUCAACAUUUGCAGAGUGACUUUCCCAAAACAUUAUUGUACUGUUCUAGCAUUAAUGAUGUUUCUAAACUUUACACUUAUCUCAUUAAGGAGUUGGAUGGCACAAGUCCUCUUAUUGAAAUGUUUCACUCAGAAACACCCAUUGGCAAAAAAACUGAAAUUGUCAAUUGCUUAAAUGACAAGAAUAACACUUCAAAAAUCAGAUUAGUGAUUUGUACUACUGCAUUAGGGAUGGGUAUUGAUGUGUCCCAUUGCAACAGUGUAAUUCUGUUCGGAAUACCCGAAAAUAUUGUAGACUUAGUGCAAGAAAUAGGGCGCAUUGGAAGAGAUGGGGAGUCAUCAAUUGCCCUUAUUUUGUUUAACGCUUAUCAUCUGCGUAGACUUGACAAAUCCAUGAAAGAUAUCCUACGUUCACCUACUUGUAGACGAAUAAACAUUAUGAAACAAUUUUUGAGUGAAUCCAAUUUAAGUGAACUUGAACAGGACGUUAAAAAGCAUACAUGCUGCGAUGUGUGCCACAAACUUUGUAGUUGUGGCAAUUGUGAAUAUCUUUCCUUGGAGAGACUUUUUGAACAGAGUGUCAUUUCCAACUCAGACAGUAAUGAGGCUGAAGAUUCUUUUGGAAGUUCAGAUAAUGACUUCUUAGAUGGCACACUCGACUUAAAUUCAUGUUAUGUCUGACUUUUCAAUGACUUC